CGUAAACUUCAAACACAGCCCGCUUUCCUGUCUCCACAUCAAGGAAAUAGGCUGAGUUUCAGAGAAACCUGUUGCCAGGAGUGCAUCAGGCCUUCCGCACUGGGUCCCUGCCCAGCUCGGGCCUCCGUGCUCUGCUGCGUGUCCAGGUGGGUUGCUGUUCUCCCGUCUUCUGCCUCUGUUGGGCCAGCACGGCCACCGCAGGGCCUUCUGUGGCUGCCGGCAGUGGGUGAAGCCAAUUCCGCUCCCCCUUCCACCCCGAGUGAGAAACCCUGGUGGGGCAGGGCCUCCUUACACCUUGCCGGGAACCAGUUGCUGUGGGCUUUGGAACUGAAGACCAGAGACCUUGCAGGUGGCCUGUGCCUUGACCUCCAUUGGCACAUCCCCAGGGUCUGGAGAGGCGCAGGGGCGCGCAACCUGCGCAGGGCUGCGGCGGCGAUGCCGGACCCCGCGGCGCACCUGCCGUUCUUCUAUGGCAGCAUCUCGCGCGCCGAGGCCGAGGAGCAUCUGAAGCUGGCGGGCAUGGCCGAUGGGCUCUUCCUACUGCGCCAGUGCCUGCGAUCGCUGGGAGGCUACGUUCUCUCCCUCGUGCACGACGUGCGCUUCCACCACUUCCCCAUCGAGCGCCAACUCAACGGCACCUACGCCAUCGCUGGCGGAAAGGCGCACUGCGGCCCCGCAGAGCUCUGUGAGUUCUACUCGCGUGACCCCGACGGGCUGCCCUGCAACCUGCGCAAGCCGUGCAACCGGCCGUCGGGGCUUGAGCCGCAGCCCGGGGUCUUUGACAGCCUGCGCGACGGCAUGGUGCGGGACUACGUGCGCCAGACCUGGAAGCUGGAGGGCGAGGCCCUAGAGCAGGCCAUCAUCAGCCAGGCCCCGCAGGUGGAGAAGCUCAUCGCCACGACAGCUCACGAGCGGAUGCCUUGGUACCACAGCAAUCUGACUCGCGAGGAGGCCGAACGCAAACUCUAUUCCGGCUCGCAGACCGACGGCAAGUUCCUGCUGAGACCCCGGAAGGAGCAGGGCACGUACGCGCUGUCUCUAAUCUACGGGAAAACCGUGUACCACUACCUCAUUAGCCAGGACAAGGCGGGCAAGUACUGCAUUCCCGAGGGGACCAAGUUUGACACGCUCUGGCAGCUGGUGGAGUACCUGAAACUGAAGGCCGAUGGGCUCAUAUACUGCCUGAAGGAAGCCUGUCCCAACACCAGCGCCAGCUCAGGGGCCGCUGCUCCCACGCUCCCAGCCCACCCAUCCACAUUCACCCACCCUCAGAGACGAAUCGACACUCUCAACUCGGAUGGAUACACCCCUGAGCCAGCACGCCUAGGGUCCUCUGAGAAGGCGCGAACCAUGCCUAUGGACACCAGCGUGUACGAGAGCCCCUACAGCGACCCCGAGGAGCUCAAAAACAAGAAGCUUUUCCUCAAGCGUGAGAACCUCCUCAUGGCUGACAUAGAACUUGGCUGUGGCAACUUUGGCUCUGUUCGCCAGGGCGUCUACCGCAUGCGCAAGAAGCAGAUCGAUGUGGCCAUCAAGGUGUUGAAGCAGAGCACAGAGAAGGCGGACAAGGACGAGAUGAUGCGGGAGGCACAGAUCAUGCACCAGCUGGACAACCCUUACAUUGUGCGGCUCAUCGGUGUCUGCCAGGCAGAAGCUCUCAUGCUGGUCAUGGAGAUGGCAGGUGCCGGGCCCCUGCACAAGUUCCUGGUCGGGAAGAAGGAGGAGAUCCCUGUCAGCAACGUGGCGGAGCUGCUGCACCAGGUGUCCAUGGGGAUGAAGUACCUGGAGGAGAAGAACUUUGUGCACCGUGACCUGGCGGCCCGCAACGUCCUGCUGGUCAACCGGCACUAUGCCAAGAUCAGCGACUUUGGUCUCUCCAAGGCACUGGGUGCCGAUGACAGCUACUACACUGCCCGCUCAGCAGGGAAGUGGCCGCUCAAGUGGUACGCGCCUGAGUGCAUCAACUUCCGCAAGUUCUCCAGCCGCAGUGAUGUCUGGAGCUAUGGGGUCACCAUGUGGGAGGCCUUCUCUUAUGGCCAGAAGCCCUACAAGAAGAUGAAGGGCCCCGAGGUCAUGGCCUUCAUUGAGCAGGGCAAGCGGAUGGAGUGCCCACCAGAGUGUCCACCUGAAAUGUACACACUCAUGAGCGACUGCUGGACCUACAAGUGGGAGGAGCGUCCAGACUUCCAAAUCGUGGAACAGCGCAUGCGCACCUACUACUACAGCUUGGCGACUAAGGCCGAGGACGCUGCAGCUGAGGGGAAGGAGGCCGCCUGUGCCUGAGCUCCAGCCUGAGGCCUGUAUCCCCCAGUUUCUCCUCCUGUGCCCACAGCUCCUUCCUGGGACCUCAGUCCGGCCGGGCUCAGCUCAGUUUCUCUCCCCCCACCAGCUGGACUGUGGUAAGGGGGACAGGCCUGAGGCCCACACUGGUCUAGGAGUCCCCACCCGGUCACUUGUCCUCUCUGGCUGGGGGAAGGAGGACAGCAGGGAGGGUGGGCCUGGGCUGAAGGGAUGUUGCUCACAACAAGGACCCUUUUUCCUAUGGGCCCUGAAGGGCAGACUUUGGGGGUCCUCAGGGGGCAAGACCUCAGUCAUUGGAAUAAACUCAACUUCUCUCUUGUUU